AUGAUAAAUUCAACUUGGGAACAAAUACGUCGAGAAGUUAGAAAUUAUCGUAGUUCAAUACAACCUUCAAAUGUUGUCAACAUUAAAGACUUUUGUUUUGAUGAGGAAAGUAAUCGCGCAUAUUUCUUGGCUACAGAUUCUUCAUGGAUGAAAACAUCAACAUUAUUUGUGGUUGAUUUGCCAUCUUUGAAAGAACACGAGUUUCAUAAUCAAUUUUCUUUUAGCUUUUCAAACAAUGAAUUUCAGGUUAAAGACUUUCCUUUUACCUUUCCACAAUCUAUUUCAUGCGAUAAAUCAAUAACAACUACAAUACCAACAAAUUCUGACCACAUAUAUAUUUCAAAUUUGAAAUCAAAUAAAAAACAGGCAUUAAAAAAUUCAUCAACAACAAUUUUAUCAAAUAAGUUACCAGUUGUUCAUUGGAGACCUUUAUUGUCAGAAUUAUGGUUAAAAGAAAAAUCCUUUUCUGAAACAUUAUCGAGAGAAGAAUUGUUUGUGAAGGAACGAAGGAGGCUAGCCUUACAAGGAAUUGCUAGCUAUCAAUUCGAUCCAAUCGGUUGUCAAAUUCUUUUCAGUUAUGGCAGUGGAAUAUAUUUAGGACAUAUUGGCGAGAAUGGUGAAUUUAAUCCCAUACCAAUAACGCCUCGUUCUAGCUCUAUAAUAUUUUCUGGAAAUUCAAUGAACUUUUCCCAAAUUAGUCACUCACCACAUCACAACAAUUUAUCACCAAUCACUUCUCCUUCAACAACCUCUUCUUCCUCCUCUUCACCGCCACCACCUCUCCCUUCUUUCUGUACCUCCCCCAACAAUAAUAAUAAUAACUUAUUACCGCCACGAUUAGACCCAAAACUGGGUGGUCAAAAUCAAAAUCUCGUUGCAUUCAUUAGAGAUCGUGAUAUAUGGGUUAGUACAAUGAAUGGCUGCGAAACACAAUUAACAUUUUGUAAUGAUCAUGAUCCAGAUGGUAAUUCUGCACUAAGUUGUGGAGUUGCAGAAUUUGUGAUGCAAGAAGAAUUCCAUCGUUUUACGGGUUAUUAUUGGGCACCCACUUCAACUAAUAAAUAUAUGAAAGAUACUUUAGAACGUAUACUUUACUUACAGAUAUCAGAGUCUAUGGUAGAUUUAGUUUUAAUAUCAAGGCCUGGAUCACCAAGCGAAGUAGAAGAAUACCGAUAUCCAAGAGCUGGUAGACUUAAUGCAGUGAGCGAUUUACAGAUUGUAGAAUUUUCACCGCGUUAUUACGAAGACGAGGAUCCCGCACAUGGUCCUGUUCAUAAAACACAUUUUUUUUGA